CGUGCCCGCCGCGCCGCCCUGAGCCCCGCGCGCCGCGCCAUGGGGCCGGACCUGGGCUGGGCCGCGCUGGUGCUGCUCUUCGCCGCCUCGCUGCUCACCGUGGCGGCCUGGCUGCUGCAAUACUGGCGCUCCGCGGCCCUGCGAGCGCCACGGCGGCGCGGGGCGGCGGCGGAGGAGGCCGGGGCGCGGGCGCUGCUCGCGGCGCUUCUCGCCCUCAGGUCCCUACGGGAGCAGUGGCAGCGAGCUUGGGUGCGAGCUCUCAACAGCCAGGCGCGCCGGCACGGGAGUUCAGUGCAGAUCACAUUUGAAGAGGGUCCUCAGUUACCACAAGCUGCAAAUAUAAGUUGUGUGACAUGCAAGGGACAGUCGGACCACAGCAUGGUGCUGUGCUGCCAUCUGUCAGCUGAAGCUGUGAAAUUUCCUGUCUCUGUUACUCAGCAGUCCCCAGUUGCUGUUUCUGUGGACUCCUAUCAUGUCACUUUGGCUGUGCUGCAGGCUCAGGUGGAGAUCCACUUGGAGGAGAUACAGAAUGAGGGUCUCCUGGUGUCAUGGACAUUCAAGGACAGACCAAACUUGGACCUUUUGGUUCUUCCGCGACUUGAACUUCCUGAGGAUGAAGGGAGGGCGGAUCUGUCCACUAUAAAGGAUCUGAUCGAGGAUACCAUUGUCAGCACGAAGCCAGCCAUGACGGUGAAUUUGAUGGCCAUUACCGCUGGAGCCAGUGCAGUACCCAGCAAUAAGCUGACUCGAGAGUCCCCGUCCGGAGUAGCAGCAGCCCCUCUGGGUUCUAAGCUGUUGCUCCGGAAUCUUCGUGUGCUGAACUUGGGCUGCCAGGGGAAGGGAGGAGUUGGGGAGAUACGCUGUGUGGCAGAGCUAGACAGCCCCCCACAGCAGAAGUGGACGAGGCCGAUGCCAAGUGGCAGUGUGGGUGCUGCAGGAGAGAUGGAGUGGACUGACGAGUUCUUUCUGGAGUUGGGACCUAGAAGCAAAGAACUGAAACUACAGGUGCUGGGGAACAGCGACGGAGGGGGAAAUGUGCUGCUGGCAUAUGCCACACUUUUGAUUGAUUCUUCGGGCAAACAACCAUCUGGGAGACAGGUCUGCUCACUGGUCCCAGGAGCUGGACAGUCACUGACAGCUGAAGCUACCAUUACAUUGGAGCUGCUGUUCCAGGAGGCUCCUGCAUCUUUGAAUGCUCAUCACGGCGCAUCUCUGCGAACCAGCAUCACCCCCACUAAGAAGGUGGAGAUGGACCGGACCAUCAUGCCCGAUGGCACCAUCGUGACUACUGUCACCACAAUUCAGUCCCGGCCCAAGGCAGACUGCAAACUGGAUUCACCAUCGAGGUCGCCUUCCAAGGUGGAAGUGACUGAGAAGAAGACAACAGUGCUUUUGGAGACCAGCUGUCCUCAUGGCCACUUGCCCAGCGGUAGCCGGGAUAGCCAUAUGCCAAAUGGCUUGGAUCCAGUGGCCGAGACGGCAAUCAGGCAGCUAACUGAGACGAAUAACAAGACCAUCAAGAAGACGCCAACAAAACGUAGUACACUGAUCAUCUCAGGAGUGUCCAAGGUACCUAUUGCUCAAGAUGAAAUGGCACUUUCUCUGGGUUACGCUGCAUCCCUGGAGGCCACUGUGUAUGGGGACUCUGAGGCAGAGGGCACAGCUGAGCGGAUGCACGAUUCUACGGAAUUGUCACGGCCACUGGAAGCGUCGCCAUUGGGACAAAGGGACAGUCAGGAGCUGGACGAGACAACGCGAUCGGACAUCUCUGAAAGACCGUCGGUGGAAGAUGUUGAGUCCGAAACCGGUUCCACGGGAGCCCUUGAGACCAGGAGCUUGAAAGAUCACAAAGUUAGCUUUCUUCGGAGCGGUACCAAGCUCAUCUUCCGGAGAAGGAGCAAGCAGAAGGAAGCGGGCCUGAGCCAGUCACACGAUGACUUGUCCAAUGUCACUGCCAACUCCGCCACCAGAAAGAAAACUGGUAGCUUCUCUCACCGCCUCAUCAAACGCUUCUCCUUCAAGUCUAAAUCCAAACCCAAAGGUAGUGACGACACAUCAGCAGAGGCCGUAACCUGAGGCGCGCUGCAGGGCGAUGUGCUCCUGGGCUGUGAGCUGUCGGAAGACAGCUGUCGGAGUUGUGGUCCUCCAUCUGGCUCUGCCGUUGGAACAGUCUCUGGUUCAGACAGCACUGAGGAGCCCCUGUUUUCUGUGCUGUGUUGGGGAAGGAAGAAGUCUCUAAGAAGGAAGCUUUAACCGCUGCACAAGUUUUCGUAGAAGCCUGAGCCCUCUCAAGAACGCCUGGUCAGUGCUGUCAGUUCUGCCACCCUGUGCAGCCGCCUUGUGACACAGCACUCCUUCCACAUCUGUGUUCUUGAACAGGGAAGGGCCUGUACUGGAUGCACACACCAGCUAUUGCAUGAGCCGAUCCCUUACUCUUGGGGAUGUUGCCGAAGGGCUGCCAGGCUGUCUUCCGGACCUGCAGAGCGUCCAGUCUCGUGGUUCUCGUGCCAAGGACUGGCACCAUGCUGGGGAUGGAUGGCAAGGAAAAAGGCAAGGAAUGUGGUGAAAGGCAGUCUGAUGGGGAGCCUGAAGGCACGUGGCAGAAAGAGGCGAGAGUUUACGUGUUUUCACUGAUGAGUUUCCUCUAGUAGAAGGAAUCUUUCUGGUUUGCAUUUCCUUUUUUCCUGCAAACACGAUCCACCCCAUUCAAACAGAGGGCAUUUCUGCAGUGGGUAUUUGCAGAGGGAGAGGCGUGCAGGGGAAAAUAGAAUCCUUGUGCGGGAGGAGGCAGUUCUUCUAGAGGAACAGUUGUCUGGUCUCCUGGCCCAUGCACAUUUUGUCUAUAAUAUCCCCAGAAGUUCCCUUCAGAUAGCACAUAACAAUGCUCUUUGGAGAAAUACUCAUGCUGUCAAUGUGCCUGGUUUGAGAGGAAACUCCUGCUCUCCUGUGGGCUGUCGAGUUAAGGAGGUGGGACAGAGGGGAGGAAAAACCUCACAGAAGAGCUGUUUCCCAGGCCUGACUGGAUUCUCUAGCUCUGCUCUUCCAUUAGAGUACCUCCUGUGGUGGUGUCUGUUGCCCUUCCUUAUGCAGGAUGCUACCAGGUGAAAAAGCAGUUCUCUUGGUGGCGCGCGUAAAGCGCGUUUCUCAGAAGGACAAACCUUGGCUUGCCGAUUCUGCUGCCGUGUGCUGUUUCCAAAGACCGGAAUGCGUUCGGUGUGCUGCUGCAAAAGGAUUUACAGGCAGCUGUUUCUUGCAUGUUUGUGCAGGUAGGGAAGGCCAGAGUUACAAGGGCUGUCACUGAAAGUACCAGUGUGUGCUAGCAGGAGGGACUCUCUGCUGUUUUUCCUGCCGACUCCUCACAUGAUUGGGCAUGUAUGAAUCCGAAGAAUCAUAUUGGUCCAGCUGGCUGACCAGGAACUUCUACAUCUGUUUUGGUCUGGGAGUCUUUGUCGUCCCCAAGCUCUGUCAUGUCCUUUAUCUUUUGUUUCGUUCCUUGUCCACAUGGCACUGUGGCUUUGUUUGCACUUCCAUGUGCCGUGGAUGUCAGAGAGCUCACUGUUUCUCGCUGAGGAUCAUUUUCCUUGAUGUGAGUGACUGUGGUUUGUGCUUACAGUGCUGUUGGAGCUUGAGCAGAUCCCAUCUGUGGCUUGCCUGUAGCAAUUCAGCCACCAGUUUGACAUAGCCUUCUUUUGCUGGGUUGGUGCGGCGCUGUCACGUGCGGUGCUGUCCUUCUCAGGCACACCCUUGUUCCCAAAGUCUCGGAGUUUGGUUUCAGUUUGGCGUUCUCCCUUGCACCAUCCCCUCUAUGACUUGCAGCUACGAUGGUACUUUGUGUUCCAUUUUUGGAUUUUAUUUAUUUGUUUUAACACCAUUUCAAGGUAUUAAACCUUGAAAGUUUGAACCCAGACAGCACCACUUCUCUAGUGGGAUGCUGUGAAGCCUUGCAUUAGAAAUGCUGGCGGAAGAGCCCACGGCUCUUCAGUUGUGGGUCAGUCGAGGACCUGCUGCGAGUCCCGUUUUUUGAUAGUUCUGUGUUCUUUUCUUUAAACUGUAAGAGCGUCUUGAGCUGUCUUGGUGCAGAGUGGCUGGAGGUGAACACCGAGGGUCACCACUGUUCUUGGGAAUCGGGGAUCUGAGGCUCAUGUACACAAGGAGGGCUGUGAGGGCUAGCCAGUGUUGUCCUUGUCACUGUAGACCGGAGGCAGGAAAGGCAAGGUUUGUGUCUGACAAACACGUACUUAGGUUCUUGACCCAGCAUAUUUUGGUCUGGCUUGGAUGAGGAGGUAAUAGGAAAGGGAGUAAAAACGGAAGCUCGAGUUCCUCACCGGCCGUGGGGUCCCUUUCUAGCCAUGUUAAAUGGGCAGUUCCUGUCAUAUGUCUGUGGCUUUCCUGUUUUGUUCUGUGUUUGUUGGCUUCAGGCUACGCCUGCCAAUGACUUGCAGCGGAGGUACCGUUUUUGGUUUUGAACUUGAUGCAGCAGAAGACGCCUGCACUGUGCUCGGCAGAAUGAAUGGCACGCAGGAAGCAUGCCAGUAGGGGCAUACCUUCCCUCGAAUUUUUAGCAGUGUUUUUUACCACAGGCAGUAAAUUGUGCUGCAAAUCUGUAUCUGGUUAGACAGCUUGCAAAGGGAAUGGAUGUUGUCUAGUGCUGGCAGAACGCAUCCUCAGACAUUAAGUCCUACAUCUGCUUGUGUUUCCUAGAGGAGAUGUAUUUUCUGACAUUUUGUUGCUUCUCAGAGUUGUACAGCAUAAGACCGAUAUUGUAACCUUUUAUCUUCUUCUGAAUGUUCUCCUUAAGUGCAGAUGGUUUUUCAGGGUGUUUGGCUGAAGUGCUGUUUGAGGAGCAGAGGGAUAGCAGGCCAUGGCUCUGCUGUGUGCGUUGGAAAUUUUCUGGUACCGAUACAUUCCUUAUUAACCGUGUUGAUCCUUCCUCCUUAUCUGACAAGGCUUUCUUUCUGGCCCGCAGAGAUGUUUUCAUCCCCCAAGCAGUAGGUGCCCGUUUUGUUAGUCCUGACUGUGAGCACAGAUGAAUCUCCUGGUUUCUUAAAGGCACGAAUGGUAAUGAAUCUGCUUUGCGGUGGAGGUGUGAUUAUUGGUGUGAGAAACAGUUCUUCUAUCCUAAUCUUCUCAGAUGGAAAGGGAAGGUCACAUAGGGUUUCGUUCUCCAGAAGCUGCAAAGACCAAGUCCCUGGGAAUUUCCCCCCAUAGAAUUGCUGCUUUGAGAAACCUCUUUUGUAUUUAAUCCCCGCUUAUGUUUCUGGCUUUAGGUCAGAAGAAAUGCUAUCUGAAAUCUACUUUCCCUCUUUAACUUCUUCCAGCUGCCUGUGCCCUCACCUUGGUGCUGCUGUGGGCUCUGUGGCAUUUCAUAAUGCCUGGGACCACAGAGCAACCCCAUGAACGGCACAUGCCACCAUCAAACUUUUUAAGCUCAAAUGAUCUGCAGUUGGCAGAUUGUUGUCUCAGGGUAGGCUCGCUAUUUGCACCUUGUGAAAUUGGUCCUUGACCAAAUAUAUGGUGAAAGAGGAACAGCAGAGCGGCGGGCUUGAAUGCACGGAGGCUUCUGAAGGAGUUCAGCCUGCAUAUGAGGGCCUGCGUUCCAAAUGCUGUGUUUUGCUACUGGCUGCACAAGCAGGAACAGUGACUUGUAAAUGAAGCCAAAGCAGGCAUUUUGUUGGGAUUGUUUUUAGUUUUUUGGGGUUUUUUUUGGGGUUUUAUUUUUGUUGUUGUUGUUUGCUUGGAGGGUUUUUUGGUUUGUUGGGUUUUUUUUGCUUGUUUGUGGGUUUUGUGGGGUUUUUUUUUUUUGUUGGUUUGGUUGGUUUGGUUUGUUUGUUUGUUUUUUAUUUUGGCCGAACAGGUUUACUAGAAUUUACCUGUGGCUGUGUAUUUUUGCUUCUCUGAAGAAAAUAGAUUUAUGGUAGCUGUAAGCUGUAAGUAUGCUUAUAAGUAUAUUUCUGUCUGGAUACAUCUUCUCCCUAUGCUUAGGAAAGGCUUUUUAAGAGUCUCGUCAUCAAAAAAAGCCCUUGACGUUGGCCCAUGAGAGAUAUCCUCUUGAGUCAGUGGAAAACGGACACAGGAAAAAACGAAGGGAGCCGCAAAACCUCAGUGUUCUGAGGGUGCCACAGGAUUUCACGUGAUGGAUGUCUGAGGCCAGAGGGAUUGGGUGCAUAGAUGUGUAUUUGCACACACUUAUAAUUAGAGCAUGCUCUGCAAAUGCCUGUACCGGUAACGGUGCAGAGUUACUGAGGGUGACGGUGCCAAUGGGGGCACAGGAGAGCGGCCCUACCCUACCAGCUUCUGUGGCGUUACAUCCAUUCCUUGCGCAGACCUCUGCCGGGGCAGACCUGAGCAAGCAAAUCCAACUCCUGCCCCUGCAAGCACCCUCAUGCUGCCAGUGCAGUUGAGGGUGGGGUUUUUAGGCAGCGUGACCGAAAUGGGGAAGAGCGAGGGCAGGCUAUUUGGGUGGAGAGCAAGUUCAGUGGAGGGGAAUGUAACGGAAACUUCUUCAAACUGAUAGAAGAGCACCACGGGCAUGUGCCGUUUCUAGACUAGAACUGGGUGCAUGGCAAGCGGUGUUGUUACGUUCUUUGGCUCUAGCGAUGCGAUAGCUUCUCUUGGGUCAUUGUUUGCUAAACCUACAGAGAAGUCAUUUCUGGGUAGCUGUGGAGAUGCUUGUGUGGAGGGUUGUCCUUUGUGGUCUUUUUGCAUUGUUCUCUCCAUCCCGCCUUCCCUACUGCAAGGUCACGGCGAGUCUCAGGGUAGGGUAACAGUCCCGGUGGUGGCCAAACUUCUGGCAAAGGUGUGCUCGUUAUAUCGCAGCUCCUUCUAUAAGGCACGAGCGGUCCACAUCACCUUUUCCUUGCUCGUAAGGUACUGGACCAAAUGCCUACAUGGAAUUUGAAUUAGCCCCCCUCCUUGUGUGUGCUCUUUUGUACUUUGAUGCUUUCUGUCUGGGUGGAUUAAAAAUUUUGACCCCAGCUUGUUCAGGUGGGAAAGAAUUGGAACUGUGUAGCUAAUAAUGAAAAUUAAACUACUUACGACUAAAUGAAGUUCUUGCACCUUUGUAAAUCUUGAAGAAGAGUUCUAUUGCUGUGUAAUGGCUGAAUCUGUUAACUUAUUAAACCACAUGAACAUCAAAA